AUAAUUAUGCCUCUAUGUACAAACAUUCAUUGCACACUAUUAUAGUUAACGAGAAAUAGGAUGUAUUGUUAUUCUAAAGCUUGGAAAGAAGAAAAGUUUCAUAUUUACACAAAGAAAAACAAAAUACCCGUUACUGCAAUAUAUUGUACUCAGCCUAUGGAGAGACCUUCUAUAUUAAUCCCACCUAGGCACGAUGUCCUUCAAUGCCCGGAGAUGAAUCCUAGUUCCAAUGGAAGAAUAAAGAUAUUCCGCCCCUUAUUCCUUCUCCCAGAAGGACUCGAAAAUAUCCCGGCCUGCACGAAUCCCAAUGCCCCUGCGCGAGCACGGGGACCGCAUGAUUCCCCGGGGCUCGCCCAGAAGAUCAAAGACGGCGGCCGGCCUCCAUCUAUAUAAACACCCGAACGCCUCAACAGUUCUCUCGUCUUAUUCCCAAAGAUUCCAUCAGAAGAGAGGCGGCGACGACGCCAUGGGAGGAGGAGGAGGACGACGCCUCUCCCGACCACCGGUGGCCACGGCCACGGCGACGAUUUGCUCGAAACCGCCGGUCCGUAUCCGGUCCGUGUGGGCCGACAAUCUCGACCGUGAGUUCACCCUGAUCCGGUCGGCUGCUCGGCGGUUCCCGUACGCCGCCCUCGACACGGAGUUCCCCGGCGUGGUCUACCGGUCGGCGAAGCACCCGUUCGUCCUUUCCCCCGACGAGCGCUACGCCCUCCUCAAGAUCAACGUGGACGCCCUCCAGCUCAUCCAGCUGGGCCUCACCCUCUCCGACUCCGUCGCCGGCGCCGACCGUGUCGUCUGGGAGUUCAACUUCCGCGACUUCGACCUCCGCCGCGACCGCCACGCCCCGGAGUCCAUAGAGCUCCUCCGGUCCCACGGCAUCGACUUCGACGAGAUCCGCGCCCGGGGGAUCGAUUCCCGCCGCUUCGCCGAGCUCUUCGUCUCGUCCGGGCUCGUCCGGAACGGAGAGGUGUGCUGGGUGAGCUUCCACAGCGCGUACGACUUCGGGUACCUGAUCAAAACCCUAACCGGCUCCUAUCUGCCGGCGAGGUUGGAGGAUUUUCUCCGGGUGGUUAGGGUUUUCUUCGGGGAUAGGGUGUUCGACAUCAAGCACAUGAUGAGAUACUGCGAUAGCCUGUACGGAGGGUUGGAUCAGGUAGCGAGCAUCUUGAAGGUGGAUCGGACGGCGGGCAGUUGCCACCAGGCGGGGUCGGAUAGCCUGCUCACGUGGGAGGCGUUCCGGAGGUUGAGAGAGAUAUACUUCGAACAAGACGGCGGGGAGAAGCACGCGGGCGUGCUUUACGGAUUGGAGAUCAUAUGAGACAUUAAAUUAGUGAGGUCAGCUGAGAUAUUAAAUUAGUGUUAUUAUUAGUUCAUUUGAUUAUAAUAGGAAGUUAGCGUAAGAAUAUGGUAUACCGCUGUUCAUCCCAUCCCAGAUUGGCGAUGACUACGCAUAUCCACGCGCAAAGCGAGAAAUAUUUCAAAAGAUGUCUUUGAUAAUUUACUACUUGUCUACUUUUCAUAUUUGCCGUUAUUUUUCUUUGGAGCAUAAAAGAUGAAUACCAAAUCCUCUUAACAUGA